CUCUUAAGGAGCUCUGCGGCCACGCGGGUAGCAAGGCGGAGAGCCGGGAGCAGGGGCCCGCGGGGGUAGGCGCGGGGAGUGCUCAAGUCACUCGGCCCGUCGGCCAGUGAGCGCCGCGCCCCGGGACGCCCCUGACCAAUAGGAAGCGAGGAGGUUUGUGAGUGGCAUUAAGGGAGGGCGGGAGAGAAGGAGCCCGGGAGCGAAGUUGAAGCUAAACCCCGUAAGCCAUAAAGAAGUUACAGGGGGGCGUUUUCGGCUUCCAGUUAGGAAUAAUACUGGCUUCGUAGCAACUACUGAGGAGGAGGAUUCUAAAACCACCUCACCCGUCCCAAAGCCCGCACCCCCCUCCUUCUCCCAUGCACCCCUCCCCCAAUUCAUAAUCAAGGAAAGAAAAGAGAGCUGGGGCGCGCUCUGCUCCUCUCUGCCGGUGGGAAGCGGAGAGGCCUGAGGAGUUGCUUAGUUGGACGUAAGCAUGAGUACAAUUAAGAGGCGGGCGCCUCCGCACCCUUUGCCGUCAGCGGGGACUGAAGUGGCCUGAAAGAGCUGUCCGGCAUUCCCGUUCUUCCCAAAGGGGCUCGGAGCCUCCUCAAAGGCCGCGGGACUGAGAGCAAACGUCGGGGAUUAUUAUGUCGAAUUUCCGAGGACCGGGGUUCGCAGCUCGGAACCGAAGAAAAGGCUGGCUCCUCGGGAGUCCCGCCGGCAUUUGAAACCCAGGGACGCCUAGGAUUGCCCAAAUUGCCGAGGAUCAGCAACUUUCCUCUACUGGCAUCUCAUAUUUUUAAAGAAAAUAUUUUCUGUUCUCCACGUUGGUCUUUUACUACCAACAAAACACUGAAGCAAAGACUUCAGUCUCGUCAUUCAAAGCAUGCUUUAUAUAUGUUUGCCAAAUAUGAUCUCUAAUUGAAAGUUUAUUUUUGGUUUUGGAUGAAUCUGUGGAACUUAUGUUGUAAGAAGAAAGAGGGAACGAGACACGAUGAAAGAGAAGUCCAAAAAUGCUGCCCGGACUAGGAGGGAGAAGGAAAACAGUGAAUUUUAUGAACUGGCUAAAUUACUGCCUUUGCCCUCGGCUAUCACCUCGCAGCUGGACAAAGCAUCCAUAAUCAGACUCACCACCAGCUACCUCAAAAUGAGAGUAGUGUUCCCAGAAGGGCUCGGCGAGGCGUGGGGCCACUCGAGUAGGACCAGCCCCUUGGAUAACGUUGGCCGCGAACUGGGUUCGCAUCUGCUCCAGACCCUGGAUGGCUUCAUCUUUGUGGUGGCCCCAGAUGGGAAGAUCAUGUACAUCUCGGAGACAGCCUCAGUCCACCUGGGUCUUUCUCAGGUAGAGCUGACCGGGAACAGCAUUUACGAGUACAUACACCCGGCGGACCACGACGAGAUGACCGCAGUGCUCACGGCCCACCCGCCCUACCACUCUCACUUCGUCCAGGAGUACGAGAUCGAACGCUCCUUCUUCCUGAGGAUGAAGUGCGUCUUGGCCAAGAGAAACGCGGGCCUCACCUGCGGCGGCUACAAGGUCAUUCACUGCAGCGGCUACCUGAAGAUCCGCCAGUACAGCUUGGACAUGUCCCCCUUCGACGGCUGCUACCAGAACGUGGGCCUAGUGGCCGUGGGCCACUCGCUCCCUCCCAGCGCCGUCACGGAGAUCAAGCUGCACAGCAACAUGUUCAUGUUCCGCGCCAGCCUGGACAUGAAGCUCAUCUUCUUGGACUCCAGAGUGGCGGAGCUGACGGGGUACGAACCUCAGGACCUGAUAGAGAAGACUCUGUACCACCACGUGCAUGGCUGCGACACCUUCCACCUGCGCUGCGCCCACCACCUGCUGCUGGUGAAAGGGCAGGUGACCACCAAGUACUACCGGUUCCUGGCGAAGCACGGCGGCUGGGUUUGGGUGCAGAGCUAUGCGACCAUCGUGCACAACAGCCGCUCCUCCAGGCCACACUGCAUCGUUAGCGUCAACUAUGUCCUCACGGACACGGAAUACAAAGGCCUGCAGCUGUCCCUGGAUCAGAUCUCCGCCUCCAAGCCAGCCUUCUCCUAUGCAAGCAGCUCCACCCCUGCCAUGACUGACAACAGGAAGGGGGCCAAGUCCAGGCUCUCCAGCUCCAAGUCAAAGUCCAGGACUUCCCCUUACCCUCAGUAUCCAGGAUUUCCCACGGAAAGAUCUGAAUCUGAUCACGACAGCCAGUGGGGCGGCAGCCCACUGACCGACACAGCCUCCCCACAGCUCUUGGACCCCGCGGACCGGCCAGGCUCCCAGCACGACGCGUCCUGUGCCUACAGGCAGUUUUCGGAGCGCAGCGCCCUCUGCUAUGGCUUUGCACUCGACCAUCCCAGGCUGGUGGAGGAGAGGCAUUUCCACACCCAGGCCUGCGAGAGCGGCCGGUGUGAGGCAGGCAGGUACUUUCUGGGAGCGCCGCAGGCGGGGAGGGAGCCCUGGUGGGGCUCUCGAGCAGCCCUGCCCCUGACCAAGGCCUCCCCAGAGAGCAGAGAAGCCUACGACAGCAGCAUGCCUCACAUCGCUUCGGUCCACAGGAUCCACGGGCGAGGUCAUUGGGAUGAAGAGAGUGUGGUCAGCUCUCCAGACCCUGGGUCUGCCAGCGAAUCAGGUGACCGGUAUCGCACUGAGCCGUAUCAAAGUAGCCCGCAUGAACCUAGCAAAAUUGAAACUCUGAUAAGAGCCACCCAGCAAAUGAUUAAAGAAGAAGAGAACAGAUUGCAGCUAAGGAAAGGCCCCCCAGACCAACUGGCUUCCAUUAAUGGAGCUGGGAAAAAACACUCCCUCUGUUUUGCAAACUACCAGCAGCCCCCACCGACAGGGGAGGUCUGCCAUGGCUCCGCUCUUGCCAACACUUCGCCGUGUGACCACAUCCAGCAGAGAGAGGGAAAAAUGCUGAGCCCCCACGAUAAUGACUAUGACAACAGUCCCACAGCACUGUCUCGGAUAAGUAGUCCCAAUUCGGAUCGCAUUUCAAAAUCCAGUUUGAUCCUAGCUAAAGACUAUCUCCAUUCGGAUAUGUCUCCUCACCAGACAGCAGGAGACCAUCCUGCCGUCUCUCCAAACUGCUUUGGCACACACCGGCAGUAUUUUGAUAAGCAUGCUUACACAUUAACUGGAUACACCCUGGAGCACUUAUAUGACAGUGAAACUAUUAGAAACUAUUCCUUGGGCUGUAAUGGCUCACACUUUGAUGUAACUUCCCAUCUGAGGAUGCAGCCAGAUCCCACACAAGGACACAAGGGAACAUCUGUUAUAAUAACCAAUGGAAGCUGAUGUUUUUCUAAAACAUUUUGUUCUUUAAGGAUCUCUGAAACAUAUUUAUCAUUUAAUGCCCCAUUACCAGCAUUUACAAUGCCACAGAUUGUUAGAGUGUAUAAUUUAAGUUACUAGGUAUUUAACAUGUGUUCCUGUGAAAUCGAAGACAACAGCGUUGGCAUUCAGGGUUACACACAGACAGUGGAGUUGAAGUGAAUAUACACAUUGCCCCUCUAUUUAUAUGGGAAUCAGAAUAGAUAAAUUUUGAAUUGAAAAAUACUUAUGUAGAUUAAGUGAGCUUAUACACCACGUGAAAGGACUGACGGAUGGCAUGAUGAUCCAGUGAACUUCACACACACAGAUCACUAUCUGCAAACUGCUGUAUAUACUUUACAUACGGAAAUAGAAACUAUAUACCAUAAAUACACCCAGAGUAGGUUACUUUCCUUAACUUUAGCACAUUAAGCUUCUUAAAGAAAUUUCCACUCCCCAAGUAACUAAGAAAGAGAGAGAUACCUCUUGUAAACUGGCUUCUUCUCUGUGCUUUCAAUCAUCCAGCUCAUUUGGUUCAGGCAUAAAUUAAGGAAAUAUUUCUGGAUAUGAUACAAGAAUGAGUUUUCACCUGGUUUCCAUUACAAGCAAUCAGGAAGUGGUGAUUUUUCACCUCACUUUUGAGUUAUACAAGGAACAGGAUCACACUGACAUAGCAGUGAGGGUUCUUCUAAGUAAAAACACCAAGAUGUUGGGACACACAUCAAAAGCUUGGGGGUGCCCAAAUGAAAAUAAGUUAGUAAAGAUGCAAAGGCUGGAGGCAGCAAAAAAAAAGAAAUGGUAUCUCAAAACAAACAAUUUAAGGGUCAGCACAUGUAAUCAACAUAUUUGGGGCUCAUAAAACUAAACAAAUAAAAGAGUCAAGCUAAUUCACCAAGAAAAAAGGCUGAUACGUGCAAAAAAGAAAAAAAAAAAGAAACCUAAGGAAAACCAGUGAAGUGCUUCAUGACAGCAGUGUAAGUGUUUGAACACAUUUCAAAGCCCAGAUGUGCAAAUGUGACAUGUGGAAAGCCUCAGGAGAGAGUCUAAGAUAAAAGCCUGGGCUGAUAGACACGUGGUUAAAGAGCAAGAGUAGUUCUCUGACCCAAGGAUCAGGCAAAGCGUUCAUUUUGCCUAUUGUUUGCAAACAACAAAAACCACAAACUUAGUCUUAAGUUCAUGUGAUACAGUAUAAAGACCAGCAGACUAGGUGCCGGGAUCUCUGGGUUCCAGUUCUCUCCCUGCCUGUAACUUCUUUUGGGAGCACUGAUGUGUCACUCAGCAUGCCUGGACCCCAGUUUCUUUGUCUGUAUGGAAGUUCUAAUGUUCCCUGGUUCUGUGCUUCGUUAGUCCAGCAGAACUGAACUUGUUAACCAGUUAACUCUCUGCUGUGAGGUAUCCAAGUCUUAUCAUUCUGGCUUUUCUGUGCUUGUACAGAGGUCUGGGUGCUUUGAAACUCAAGCAGGUGCAUGGGCUCUUUUAGGUGUGUAUAGUGACAGUCAGCUUUCUAGUUCAGUCAAAGUGUAGAUGGUACAAACUGAUGAGGGAGAAGAAAACCAAGUAAGAUUAUUUAAUGCAUAAUUCUCUAGCAAUCAAAGCAAAGUGACAUAAGUGAUUAGAGAAGUUUCAUAGGUAAUAUUCCCUAGGAAUCCUCUGCCCACAACUCUUGCCAUAUGGAAGGAUGGGAAUGCAUUGGCAAAACUUGGCUUAUCAUUUUGAAGACAGAACAUGACACUGAACACUCAGGGAUUAGUACUGUAUUUUCAUCGUUUAACACAGUUAUUUGGCAGUCCAGAGGUACGUGAUGUUCUGAAUGAUGGUAACCUGAGAGAUGAAUACUGGGUUGUUUGUAUAUGAGUAAAGAGGCUACAUAAAAUUAAAUAUUUCUUGGGUAUGACAGAGCAACAUUUGUGCUGUAAAUGGAAAAAGUGCAAGUGAGUGAGAAAGUUAGUGCUUAUCAUAUAUCCUUUUAAAAAUGUUCAAAGAACAAUAAAGACUAAAUUUUGAACUACACAAGCAAAAGGAUUCAGUAAUUUUGAGAAAGAUAUUUAUGGGAACCCCUGGCACACUUAAGGUGGAUUUUUGAUCAAUUUGCAACAUGAGGUAAGGUUUUAGGAAUGUUAAAGUUCUUGCAGAAUUCUGUAGAUGGCCAAAGGGUCCAAAGACACAACUAUCUCAAGAAUAUGGUGCAUUUUGGAAAGGAAAUCUGUACAGAUGGGUUUUACUGAUGGAUACACUUUUUAACAAAAAUGUUAGGGAGAGAUGCUAUAAAAGAAAUGGAAUCUUAAGAGUCAAGGACAAUGAACUGUUACGAAAGAAAAGACUCUUAACUGAAUAAAUUUCUGUGGAAUUUUUUUUUAUGGGAGAUAGUUAAUUGAUGAAAGAAAUAAACUAUGAACUCUACAAACGGGAUAAUCAGAAGGAAUAAUGCUCUUUCAAAUAGUAUGACCUAUAUUUUUAAGUGAAGACAGAAUUACUUGAAUUUCAUCUUGAUUAAAAUUUUGGUAAAUUGACCAAAAUACAAACAAUUUAUUUAAUUCACAUGUCAACAAUUUUAUAGUAGCAGCUUUAUUACAUUACAUUUAAUGCCUAUAUAUGUAUGUUCCCAGUUAAAACUAAACUUAAAUUGGCUUUAGUUUUAAUACAUGAUUUUCAUUGCUUUCCCAGAUGCUGAGAAUCAUGACACAUGAUUGAAAUAGAGAAGUACGAUUUUUUUUAUCACUGGGGAUUCAUAAAAGUGUGUUAUAUCCAAUUACUAGUACAAUAUGUAGCAAUUCAUUAGAUAAUACAAAUCUCACACUUUUGAGUAAUAGAAGGAGUUUCUUUACUUCUCAUUUUACCUGUCUGCCCCACCUAACUAAAAAAUUUGGAUGACCAAAGAAAUAAAUGAAUAUUUCCCCAUCUUCCUUGGGAAAAGUGAGUUCAAACCCAUUUUUGAGAAUAUACAGGUUUGACGUAUUAUUUUGGGAUGCACAAUACUAAUGUCACAAUCCCUAUGGGUCAGACAUUUAGGUGCGCUUCAGCUCCACAGGUCUUUUGACACACUAUGCUGAGGAUAAUAGCCUCGCUUUUUCUUAACUGUAAUUGCCUGAUAGAGACUAAUCCGACACAGGGCUGAGGUGGCAUUCAGCAUGAGACAGGAUGCAACGAGUGAUUGCCUUCAGUGUUUAUACAGAAAACUCAUUUAUUCGUUCUUGAUUGUAUUUUAUAGGACUAGCACAUUUCCUUUCAGUACUCUUCUUAGUUCCCUCCGCCCCCUGCUGCCACGUGCUCCCUCUGGGCAGAGAAUCCCACUUAAAAUUUUAAGCUUUAAUGGGCUCUUCUAGAAGAGGGUAAUAUGCUCCAUUUUCUGUUCUUUUUUAAUGGGGGGUGAGGAUCGAUUCAAUAAAAGGUCGUUUGGAAAAUAUGCAUAGAUAUUUUAGAAUAAAAUGAAAGGCUUUUCCCCCACUCCCAAAACCUAGACCAAAUAAGUUUGAUAGAAGACACUACAGCUAAAGAGACCUUCUGGAUACAGAGAUGAUAUUUUAGAGCUCUCUCUCUUUCUUUCAAGAGUCAGCUAUUACUAAUAUAUUCAGUGCAAUUCUGUUAGUACUAAUAGUAUUUGCAAGUGUCAGAGUGAAUGCUGAUAUUUGGAAAACCGAGGAUUUGACCAUUUUGGGGUCACUUACCUAGCCCAGUGGAAUAACUUAUGCUUUAAUACACUCUCUUUGACUUGAAAAGUUUGCCCAGAUUUGGUUCCUUCAUUCACACAAAUCACAGGACAUAAACAUACAUCUUAUUUUCCAAAUGACUUAACAAUAAAUGUAAACCCUAUGGUUCUCUCAUGUCAAUGUCAGCUUUUGUGAGUCAGAAUUAGACUAUAAGAUCGCAAAAUCAAUUGGUUAAUUUUUGCUGGGAAAUGCAUUGUGGAUAAAACAAUCAUUUUCACUGUCAACUUUAAAUGAAUGACAGAACAGCUGUGGACACAUGCAUAGAAAAUGUUCUUGGGAGAAAUUUCUGUGUGGGGCUCAUUUUUUGUGCACAAGAGUCGUACGGGUAAUGCUGAACUCAAAAAGGGAGAUUGUGCCCAUAUCCAAACAGGGGUUUGCUCAGAGUUCCUUUUCUAGGAUGGUAUGCAGAAAGGCUGUGUGUGUGUGUGUUCAUUUCGUCUACACGCACAUAUACACAGUUGUAAAACAAGUAACAAGAUUCUGUUCUGCUGUGCUCCUUAAAAACUGAUGGUUCAUCAUAAGAAAUCCUAAUUAAUAACUUAAAACCAAACAUUUAUCAUUUUAUUUAUUGCAAUUUUGCUGCAUGGGACUUUGCUUUCAUAAGCCUGUAUAGUGGAGAGUUUGUCCUAAUUUGCCAAUCUGGAACACAUGUAAUCACAGUUGAAUUUCCACCCAACGACCCUGGUGUGUUUACAUUUCAAAAGAAAUGAAAUUGGCAUGGAAAAAUUUUUAGAAGUACUGUAACUUUUUUUUCCCAUUAUUUUUCCCCAAAGGGAAAUAUUUCAAAAAGUGAAACAUAUGAGUAGGCACUUCAAAAAAAGAUAAAAUAUUUUAUGUUUGUUUUUUGACUGACAUGCUAUAAAAAAGGAUUAUAUUUGUGAAAGAAAAUACUGAUUGCCAAGAUUUCAAAUACCAUCUUGCAAUGUAUAGUUUUUAGUGACAUCGUAGUAUAAAUCUGUAAUUUGAACUUUUACUUUGGAAUGUAAAGUAGAAAAUAUUAGCUAUGUCAAUGAUAUCUUGCAAAGUGUUCCCCUUUAUAAUUAUUUAUAUUGUAAAUAGCUUUCUGAAGUAAAUUCGAAGUUAAUGUGCAUAAAAUGUAUUUAUUAUGUGAGGAAAUUUUUGGUUUAAAAUAUAGUUACCAAUAUGCA